AUGGGGUCGCCAUGUCGCCCCAACUCAUACAAUGUUCCAGCCUUCUGGGCUUUUCUCGAACUCCACAAGUCAAUUUGCAGUGAAGAUAACUGGCGGACCAUGAUGGAACUGCGGUACUCUCCGUACCAGCGCAAGAAAAGCUCAAGAAAGAAGCAGCAGCAGAAAGAAGCAACAGCCAUCAGUGCUCAGCCUCACGGUGAAGGAUUGAAAUGGACUGCUGAAGAAGAUUCCUUACUUCGUGAUGGCGUGUGCAAGUUUGGAGGCAAGAAAUGGAAGGUAAUUGCGCAGCGGAUUGAGCGUCGGUCUGCUGAGGACUGUAGCAAGCGGUGGAACAAGCUGCAGGAUCUUGACACGGUGGUCAAGCGGCCGUGGAGUCAAGACGAAGACGCACUGAUGUUCAAGUUGGUGAAGAAGUACGGGGCCAGCAAGUGGGCGGUGAUCGCCUCGUAUUUGAAGGGAAGAAAUGGCAAGCAGUGCCGCGAACGCUGGCACAACCAGUUGAACCCGACCAUCAAGAAAACGCCGUGGACAGAAGAAGAGAAUGAUCUCAUCCUGUCGAUGCAAGCUCAAUACGGCAAUUGUUGGGCCAAGAUUACAUCCCAUCUACCUGGAAGGACGGAUAACGCCGUGAAAAACCACUGGCACUCUUCGCUGAAAGCGCUGGCGGCUCGUGCGCGUGAUAAUGGUGGAGACCCGACAACAAAACGCUACAAGAAGAAGAGAUCGCGCAAGGGCAAGUCUCGUCCGAAGAAGCAAACUAACAGCUUGUCAACUAUUGCCGAUGUUCCUGCCUGUGGCGAACAAGCUGGACUGGUUACUGCUUCAGUUAACGAUGCCACUCUGAUCGAGACUCCUGUCACCCCUCCAGAGAGUCAAGCUAUUGAAUCCAUGGCUUCAGUUGCUGAUAGUAUUGCAUUACUGGUUAUUCCUGAACCAGAGCACGGCUCGCUCUCCCCUGACGCCGUGUCAAGUGUCGACACUCUCGACCUGUACACACCGCCGUACCACGAUAGUGUGAUGCGCGCUCAAGCUGUGAUCGACAACAUAUUGGAUCCGAUGGGACUGGAAAGCUGCAGCAACAACAGCGUGAAUGCACCGUGGUUGACAGACGUAUGCACGAGUAUGACGGCCUUCAAUCACUCCAUCCAGCACAAUGUUGGAGCCUGUUUUUCGAGUGACAACGAUGUGUCCUGUUCGGUGAACAAUACCCAGUUGCCAGCAGACCCUACGUCGCCUGCGCAGCCUCCGUUUGGCUUGGAUGAGUUGCUAUAUGACUCACUUCAUGAGGUUUGUGGGGGUGGUGCGCUACAAGUUGCCACUGGGUUGGAAUCCUCCGAGCUGGUGCUGAGUGCUCCGCUGGGCGAAGUCGCUCGAGUCUACAAGCGUUCUACUGUGCUCACGGAAUGGGGGACAUGCUUUACGUAUGCACCUCCCAGCGUUCUACCAGCGUACGUAGGGCCCAACCUGUCACCUCUGGAUCAUGCAGACGAUAUGCUGUUCCAAGCGAAGCAAGAACCCUUGUUUGAUGGCGUGAAGAAUGAGGUAUCGUCGCUGGACUACGGCUACUCCCAGAGGAUGUCGACGUUCUCGUCGCUGUUCGACGUGGAAUUGUAA